AACCAUGUGAUGCAACCGAAAACGCGAAAUGCAAUAUGGAUGGAAAAGACUGUGUCAAAAUCGGCGACACAGCGCAGUGCAUUCCUCCAGGUAUGCCAGGAAAACCAUGUGAUGCAACCGAAAACGCGAAAUGCAAUAUGGAUGGGAAAGACUGUGUCAAAAUCGGCGACACAGCGCAGUGCAUUCCUCCAGGUAUGCCAGGAAAACCAUGUGAUGCAACCGAAAACGCGAAAUGCAAUAUGGAUGGGAAAGACUGUGUCAAAAUCGGCGCCACAGCGCAGUGCAUUCCUCCAGGCAUGCCAGGAAAACCAUGUGAUGCAACCGAAAACGAGAAAUGCAAGAAGGAUGGGAAAGACUGUGUCAAAAUUGGCGAGACAGCGCAGUGCAUUCCUCCAGGCAUGCAAGCAAAACCAUGUGAUGCAACCGAAAAUGCGAAAUGCAAGAAGUAUGGGAAAGACUGUGUCCUCAUCGGCGACACAGCGCAGUGCAUUCCUCCAGGCAUACCAGCAAAACCAUGUGAUGCAACCGAAAACGCGAAAUGCAAGAAGGAUGGGAAAGACUGUGUCCAAAUCGGCGACACAGCGCAGUGCAUUCCUCCAAGCAUGCCAGCAAAACCAUGUGAUGCAACCGAAAACGCGAAAUGCAAGAUGGAUGGGAAAGACUGUGUCCAAAUCGGCGACACAGCGCAGUGCAUUCCUCCAGGCACGCCAGCAAAAGCAUGUGAUGCAACCGAAAACGAGAAAUGCAAGAAAGAUGGGAAAAACUGUGUCCUCAUCGGCGACACAGCGCAGUGCAUUCGUCCAAACGGAAGCUCGUGCACUACGGAGCAGAAACAAAUGUGUAAGGAAAUGGGAAAACAAUGCGAUUUCUCCGCAGGGGCCGCAGUUUGCAUUGAUGAGAAUCGGCACGAAUGCACCAAGGAGGAGUUGGCCAACUGCGAGACACAUGGAAAGACAUGUGAUUUUACCACCAGUGCCCCGCUGUGUCUCGACAAAACGCCGGGCAAGUGCAGUGAAGAAGCUGAAGAAAUGUGCACUGAAAGCGAUGCGACUUGUGAUUUUGGCUCUGGAGCCCCCGUGUGCACUCAUCCAGAACGUGAAAAGUGCACCAAAGAAGAGAGAGAAGCAUGUGAGAAAGAAGGAAAGCAGUGCGACUUUACCGCUGGCGCCGCCACAUGUGCUGAUAAGAAUCGCACCACUUGCAGCGAAGAAGAGAAAAAGAUCUGCAGGGAACUCGGGAAAACAUGCGACUUCAGCGCCGGGAUCCCCCUCUGCAUGUCUGAACCACGCACUAGCUGUAACGAGGAGGAAGAGGAAAUAUGCAAGUCGAUGGGAAUGGUUUGUGACUUCAGCGCUGGGGCCGGUCUCUGCAUGGACAAGAAACGUGACAAAUGCAACGAAACAGAGAUAAAGGUAUGCAAAUCGUUGAGAAAAGAAUGCGACUUCAGCGCUGGAGCGUACCAAUGUGCGGAUAACGAACGCAAGAGCUGUAACGAAGAAGAGAAGAAAGAAUGCAAGCAACUGGGAAAAUCGUGCGACUUCACUGCCGGGUUUCCUUUGUGUACUGGUGGGAAACGCAAAGACUGCAACAAAGAAGAGGAAGAAGCUUGCAAGGAAGAAGGAAUGACCUGUGAUUUCGUUGCUGGAGCGGCUGUUUGCAUGGAUAAUACGCGCCACAGUUGUAAUGAAAAAGAGAAGGAACUCUGCAACGCCACCAGAAGAGAAUGCGAUUUCACAGCCGGUGCCCCGACAUGCAUCGAUACCCAACGAAACAGCUGCAACGAAGAGGAAAAGAAAGAGUGCAAGUCACUGGGACAGGCAUGCGACUUCAGCGCUGGUGCAGUUCUGUGCACUGAUCCAGUACGAAGCAGUUGCAACGACGAAGAAACGGAAACGUGCAAAUCAAUGGGAAUGACAUGCGAAUUCGCAGACGGCUAUGCUGUGUGCAUGGAUCCCAGUCGGAACACGUGCAAAAAGAAGGAGCAGGAAGCGUGCCACGCGACUGAAAAAGAAUGCGACUUCACCGCCAAUGCGGCCACUUGCAUUGAUAACAAGCGUACCACCUGCAAUGAAGAAGAGAAGAAGAUGUGCAAGGAAAGGGGGAAAUAUUGCGACUUCAGCGCCGGUAUCGCCCUCUGCGUCUCCGGGAGACGCACAAAAUGUAACGAAGAGGAGGAAGCCAUAUGCCGGGAACUGGGAAUGGACUGUGAUUUCUCGCUCGGUGCAGCCCUGUGCACAGAAAAAACGCGCACGGACUGUAAUGAGGAAGAGACCGACGAGUGCAAAUUAAGCAAGGAAGACUGCGACUUCACUGCGAAGGCAGCAUUUUGCGUCGAUCCAAAUCGCACAGCUUGCAAUCAAGAGGAAAAGCAACGGUGUGAAACGGUCGACAAAGGAUGCGAGUUUGUAGGCGGGGCCUCUUUGUGCUAUGGCCCUGCGCGCUCAACGUGCGACGCAUCUGAGAAGGAAAGGUGCGCUAAAUUGGGAAAGGGAUGCGAGUUUAUCGGUGGAGGUGCUAUUUGUUCUGGAAAGAAACGCACGAAAUGCAAUGAGCAAGAGGAGGAAAAGUGCAAAGCAAUGCAACGACAAUGCGAGUUUGUCGACGGAGCUCCUCUUUGCCUAGCCAAAAAGCGAGCAAAAUGUAACGAAGAAGAGACGAAAGUAUGCAAAAAACUUGGAAAAUCAUGCGACUUUUCAACAGGAGAACCGCAGUGCACCGAUUGUCCUAUAGAUCCUUGCUGGACAGCUUGUCAGGAGGCAGAACCCAACAGAACGGUGCUCGCUGUCACAUGCUCGGAGUCUGACAUGUGCUCUUGCUCGUAUGAAGAUGAGUGUCUAGCUUCAAAAUGUGAAGACUACUGCAAGGUGGCAGUCCCGGAAGCAGACCCUAAAAAGGCAACCUGUGAAGAUAACGUGUGCUACUGUGCCAAGCCACAGGCAUCGCAAGAACCCACAACCACAGCACCACCUUGUCCGAUAGAUGAAUGCCGGAAAGCUUGUCAGGAGGCAGAACCCAACAGCAAAUUCCUCGCGGCAUCAUGCUCCGCCUCUGGUGCGUGCUCCUGUUCGUACGAAGAUGAGUGUCUAGCUUCAAAAUGUGAAGACUACUGCAAGAUGGCAGUUCCAAAAGCGAACCCCAAAAAGGCGACCUGUAGAAAUAACGUUUGCUACUGCGCCAAGCCACGUGUUCCGUGCACGCCAGAGGCAUGCCGCAAGUCCUGUCAAAAUUCGGAGCCGAACAAGAAAGUGCUAAACGCAUCAUGCCCCGAGUCCGACAUAUGUCACUGCAUAUACGAAGACGACUGCACAGAAGAUAAUUGCCAUGACUACUGCAAGGAAAGAGUCCCAAGCAAUAUCCUGACAGGUUCUAUGUGCAUACACAACUUCUGCUACUGCAAUAAAACGACAGACGACAUGAGGAGGUCAGAAACGGAUGACGUUUCACACAGUGGAGUUCACUUCUUAGACGCAUUGAAUUCGUUCAUACGUAGCCUGUGGUAAUCAAGUCACUUUGUGUAGUUUCACGGUUAUAGCCAUGAAAUAAAGCUUUUUCUCAGACCU